AUGGUCUCGGGGGCAUGGCGUACCCUCCUUAUCGCCGCCAACGACCAUCACCCAGGACGAUCCUGGAGCCGCAAGGAGGCUAUCAUUAACAAGCCUCCUGGAAUUAAGAAUAUGCCCUCUUUUGAAGUGAUGCUAAGCAGACUAUUUACAUACUCCCAGGUCGGAGGUGCUAUCGCUCUCUUUCAGUCUCCUCAGGAUCGUUUGAAGCAUCUGACGUCAGCUGGCCCUAAAACCACAUUUCGUUUUGCCGAACUUACUUUCUGGCCAGCUCAUUGA